CUAUAUAAUCCAUUGGGAGAAGCAGGAGUUAAGGUGUACGUAUGUGCGGUGGUAACAAAACAGAGAUAAAAUGGCAGAAAUUGGUAACAGAGAGAGCAGGUGGUCUCUUCAGGGAAUGACCGCCCUUGUCACUGGUGGAACUAAAGGAAUAGGGUAUGCAAUUGUGGAGGAAUUGGCUGGCUUGGGAGCGACUGUGCAUACAUGUUGUCGAAAUGAGGCACAGCUCAAUGAAUGCUUAAAGGAAUGGAAAACAAAGGAAUUUCAAGUAACUGGUUCAGUCUGUGAUGUUGUGUCUCGAACACAACGAGAGGAGCUAAUUAGCACUGUCUCUUCUCUAUUUAAUGGCAAACUCAACAUCCUUAUAAACAAUGUGGGAAUCAACAUUAUAAAACCGACCUUAGAGAACACAGCUGAAGAUUUCUCAUUCCUCAUGUCUACCAAUCUUGAAUCUGCUUAUCACAUGUCCCAACUUGCUUAUCCUCUUCUGAGAGCUUCAGGAGCAGGAAGCAUUGUUUUCGUUUCUUCCGUUGCCGGUGUAGUAUCAGUAAAUAUUGGAACGACUAUAUACAGUGCAGCUAAAGGAGCGAUAAAUCAGCUAGCAAGAAGUUUGGCAUGUGAGUGGGCGAAAGAUAACAUAAGGAGUAACUCAAUUGCACCUUGGGUGAUCAGAACCCCGUUGGCUGAAAUGUUUCUGAGCGAUAAUGAAAGACUAUUGGAGGCUGUUGUCUCUAGAACUCCUCUUGGACGUGCUGGAGAGCCAAAUGAGGUUUCUUCCUUGGUGGCAUUCCUAUGCCUACCUGCGGCUUCUUACAUAACUGGUCAGACUAUUUGUGUUGAUGGCGGAAUUACAGUAAAUGGCUUCUCAUUGCCUUGAGCAUGCUUGGAAACAGCAGAAAAUGAUGUUCAGCCACCCCACUGGAAAUGUGUUCUUAUUGUUACGACAUUUGUAUCGAGGGGUAUGAUGUCUAUAAUCCACUUUACUUUCAAGUUCAGAAGCAAUAAGUCGUGUAAGACUUAAUUACACAAUGAAAUUUCAUAUAUAUAUAUAUA